AUGGGGGACUUUAAUUAUCAAUACAAGGAUCGAAGGAUGGACGGAACAUUGUCUAGCGCCCCUAAGGAAUGGACGGAUCUGUUAGAUGACUACUACAUUGACAUUUUUGGAGAUGACAAACAGAUAACAUGGCAUAGUGGGAGAAACUCGGCCAUCUUGGAUUAUGUGUUUUGCAGUACGAAUGCUCAUCAUCAAAUUCCUAGUAUCCAUCAACAGUAUCUCUCUCCAGAAUGGACGGAUCAUGAAUUAUUAGGCUUCACUUUCAAGUAUCAAGACAAUAAUGGACGAGGACCUGGCAGCUGGAAGGCUAACCCAUUUUUGGCUCGCAAUCGACAGUUUCGCAAGGCAUUAGCCGAAUUUCUCUUGGCUAAUGAAGAGCAAUUUACACUAAUCAAAUCCUUUUCUACUCCUCAACAACAGUGGGAUUGGGUAAAAGCUGAAGUCAAGAUUUUCAUCAAGUCAUUUCAAUUAGAAGAUCUGAAUUGGAGGAAGAAACAACUGCAUCAGUUACUGUCCAAGCGAAACAAGAUGAUGAGACAACACAAGCAUAGAGGUUUGGUUUUCCAAGGCCUAGAUCAUGUCAAUACUCAAAUCAAACUACUGCAACACACUAUAGCGGAAAUUGAGAUUCUCAAAGCCGGCAAGUUUUGGAGGGAAAAUGGUGAGAAGUCUGCUGGUUUCCUGAAGAGGAGAGCUUUGGCCAGAGAGAAUCAGCGCUCUAUCACUGAAUUGAGGGACCCCACUACUGAUGAACUCUGUCGCGAUCAACAGGGUAUCUCCACCAUAGCGACUAACUUCUACUCUACUCUAUUUACUCCCGACCCAACUGAUUCAGUAGCUCUUAGUACCUUGAUCCGAUCCAUUCCUGGUCAUUUGAAAAUCUCUAGCGAACAGCAGGAAUCUCUGAUGUUAUCAAUCGACAUGGAAGAACUCUUGGAAGAUAGCAAACACACCCGCAGACUCAGCAGCCCUGGCCCAGAUGGCCUGCCUUACGAGAUUCUGUACUUGGUUUUGAAAUAUCCUCCGUUGCAUGCCCUUGUCACCGAUGUAUUCAACACAGCUCUACAGAAGGGUAAGUUUCCUAAAUCUUGGAACGAAACCAUUAUGUGUCUUUUGUACAAGAAAGGCGAUCCAGCUCACAUGAAAAACUAUCGACCUUUAUCCUUGGCCAACUCGGAUUACAAGCUUUUUACUCGAUGCAUCAACCGGCGUAUCAUGGACGUCUCUACCCAGCUUAUCAGCCGCCACCAGUUAGGAUUCAUUCCAGGACGAUAUAUUGCUGAAAAUGGUAUGAUUUGUCAACUAAUCAUGGAAGACGCACAACGAAAAUGGACAGUUGCGGAACAACGGGACGACGAUCCUACAUUUGGCUCUUUGGAUGCUGAUAUUGGCCUUCUCCUUGAUCAAGAAAAGGCAUAUGAUCGUGUAAAUUUAGACUACCUUCGGCACGUCUUGCUGAAAUUUGGCUUCCCCCGCCCUUUGGUGAAAUGCAUCUACAAGUUAAUGGGUGACAACCUGAUUCGCAUCAACCUCAAUGGACACUUAUCGUCCGAAGUGGCGAAACUGAGAGGUUUGAAGCAGGGUGAUCCACUGUCUCCAAUCCUAUACAAUCUAGCUUUUGAACCCUUCUUGUUGGCCAUAAUUAACGAUCGUCAAUUCCAAGGGUACCUUAUGGGAACUGAACAAACCAAGCUUCUUUGUUAUGCUGAUGAUGCCUUGGUAUUUGUCCAUGAUUCUGCUGAUCUCGCUCGGUUGCAAAUACAUAUGUCCAGGUAUUGCGGCGCUUCCAAUGCCAAAUUCAACUACGAUAAGGUGGAGGCCUUUUCGGUAUCUGGCAGAGAUACAUGGGAUAUUUGGGAGACCUCGUUGGCUCAAAUCCACAUCAAUCAUCUACAUUCCGUUGAAGAUGAUGUACCUUUAAUCUAUUUGGGGUUUCCUUUGGUUCAAAGUCGUCUCCAACGUGUCAACUUCAUGGGCUCGCUGGUAACAAAGAUCAAAAUUGCCACUCAAAUACAUUCUACUCGAUCACUGUCGGUUGUCGGUCGAGCUACUGUCUUGAACUCUCUUUUGCUCUCCAAACUUUGGUACAUCCUACGGGUUACUCCGUUGACUCUGGCAGACUUCAAACAGCUGAGAUCUCUUGCCAUACAAUUUUUGAGAAAGAACAUAUUCCCCGUCAUCCCAUGGUCUGUCUGGACCCUCCCAAAGGAACAAGGUGGUCUCGGGGUGAUCGACAUCCAGCUACAAGCUUCGGCGUUGUACUUUCGAUGGUUGCAACCUUUGUUGGUGUAUGAUCAAUCCACCAUUGAUGCCCAUCCUGUGUCAUCUCUUCUCAGCCAUCACAUUCGAAAUGUUAACAACUGCCAAUUUCACCAAAUCCCUUUGCUUUUUCCCUCGUCUCGUUCUCAAGGGUUACUGAAACAACGAACUGGCACUGUGGAUAUGAUAUAUCGUGCUGUUGAUUAUCUCCCUCGUUCUUUUGGCUCUGCCCGCAUUAAUACAGCUACAGCUAUGGCGUUGCCACUGCAGGCUGCAGUGUUUGUCCCUCUCUCCUCCAGCUUCGUGCUUCCUCUUCGUGUCAAAGAAAUGAUGGUGGCCGACGUUUUUCAGUAUGAUUCCCGGCUCAAUUUCGUCCAUUGGAAGGAUACUCGCGACCCCUCUCUGCUCACCUGGAAAAGAACUCCCUCCACAGUGUUCAAAGGCCUAGCGACAGGGAAAUUACAGUUUCAACCUUACUUCGAGCCAGUCUGUAGCCCAGCUCCUUUAGAGGAUUCAGUCGUCUCAUUUGCUCCUUUGAUUGAGCAGUUUCGUCUUCUUGAUGAUCAACCUCUUGGUAAUGUUCAGGCCUCGGCUAAGGCAUUUCGUCGGGCUGUCCUUUCGUCUGUGGUCUCUCCUUUGGCAUUGCGCAAAAUCUCUGCGUCCAGCUGGAAAUUUUUUUGGUCCCUGUCUCUUACCACUGUCCAACGUAAUGUGAUAUACCGUCUCAUUCUGGGUCGAAUUCCUCACCGUCGAUUUUUGCAUUUUAUUAUGCCCAAAGUCUUUGUGUCUCCUCUCUGUCCAGUUUGUUUGUCUAUGAACGAUUCCCCAAGUCACCUCCUCUUUCAUUGUCCUUCUAAAGAGAAAGUUUGGCAGGGAGUCAUCUUCGAGUUUCUGUGGCCUACCACCUCGAUUCUAGAUAUUAAAGAGGCUCUUCUGCAACUUGAUUUCUCCAACGUUUGGUAUUGCCAAAUUGCUGGAAUCAAGCCUUUCCGAAUCCUCAUCAUCACCCUUGGUCAACUGUGGCUUGCCCACAUGAGGUUCAUCUAUGACAAUGUUCCUAUGGACCAUACAGCGAUAUUGGCCAGUAUUCGAACCAGUGUUCGUCAGACCAUUGCGGAAGAUCAGUGCCAUUCCCUCCUGUAA